CCGCCGCCGCUCCACGGCUCGCGCUCGUGUUGUUGUUGUGUGACACAACAGGGCGAGAGCGGCGCACAGGCGAGGCCCAGGCAGCAGACGGCGACGCUAUGCACGCGCUGUUCGGGGACCAGGGCGCCUACUACCGGCACCCGGGCGCCGCCUACCACCACCAGGCGGGCGCCGCGCCGCCCCCGCCGCCCACCUACCAGUACUCGGCGGCCGCCGCCGCAGCGGCCGCCGCGGGCGACCAGUACCCGCGCUACGGGUACGCCGCCGCCGGGUACCCGCUGGCGGCGGCGCAGCACCACCACCACGGGCCCGCCAAGGAUAUGGUCAAGCCGCCCUACUCGUACAUCGCGCUCAUCGCCAUGGCCAUCCAAAACGCGCCCGAGAAGCGCAUCACGCUCAACGGCAUCUACCAGUUCAUUAUGGAGCGCUUCCCGUACUACCGCGAGAACAAGCAGGGCUGGCAGAACUCGAUCCGGCACAACCUCAGCCUGAACGAGUGCUUCGUCAAGGUGCCGCGCGACGACAAGAAGCCGGGCAAGGGCAGCUACUGGACUCUCGACCCGGAUUCGUACAACAUGUUCGACAACGGAUCGUACCUGCGCCGGCGGCGGCGCUUCAAGAAGAAGGACGCGCUCAAGGAGAAGGAGGAGGCGCUGAAGCGACAGCAGGAGCAGCAGCAGCAGCAGCAGCAAGGGGCGGCAGCGGCGGCGCAGCAGAAGGCGGCCCUGGCCGAGCCGCACAAGCUCAAGACGGAGUGCGUGGUCGCCAAGGCGCCCAAGCGCGAGCCGCUCGAGCUGAGCACGUGCAAGUACCCCGACGUGAAGCCCGCCGUGCUCGAGCAGCAGCAACAGCAGCAGCAGCACGAGGCGGCCGCCUUCAGCGUGGACAGCCUGAUGACGGCCGGCAGCGUGGCCGGCAGCGCCGCCAUGUACCCGUACCACCACCACCACCACCACCACCACCACCAGUACCACGCGCAGCCGCCGCCGCCCGUCACGGUGGCGGCGGCCGACCACCACGACCAGUUCCGCACGCCGUGGUACGGCUCCCCGGACGCGGAGGCGGUCGCCGUGGCGGCG